AUGCCGUCCAGCAUCAAGGUAUUUGCCGCCCUGCUGGGCACCACAGCACUUGCCCGUCCCAAUCCCACCCCUCCCCUCCCCUCGAACCCGGUACGCAUCCUCCCCUACAACUGGAAAUACGAGAUCAUCGCCCUCCAAGGGCCCGGCUGCCCGGACGCCGGCCCCAACUCGCCCGAGGACUACUACCACACCCGGCCGACCUUCGGCUCCAACACGGUCGACGGCUCCGAGAUCUACUACUGGCACUUUGCCUACCCGCACAUGCGCCUCGCCGUGGAGGCGUCGUCGUCGUCGUCGUCGUCGUCAUCGUCUUCGAUCUGGUGCGAGACAACCCUGCGGUACACCGAGCUGACCAAAACGGGCGCCGCACCGCCUGCGGUGCCCGAGUACCGGCUGCGGCUGCACAAGAACGGCACGGCCAUGAUUGCUGCGUAUGAGUUGGAUGCUGGGGUCGAGGCGAAGUGGACUUUUACGUACUACCACCCUACUACGGACCGGGAUGAUGGGGAAACCGAGAAGCUGAAGAAGGAGCCCAUUGUGGAUACGAUCACCGUGGCUGGUCCGCGUGCUGCGGGGACGUAUACCGAUGUUUCUGUAGAGGGGGGGUUGGUGCAGUACCCGCUGCCGGAGUGUGGGGAGGGGAUUAUCAAGUACCGCACCGAGCUGACGGUGAAGGCUACGAAGAGCGGGGCUAGGGGGGUUGUGGCGUCGGAGGCGUAUGAGCGGGAGGGGAAGGGGAAGGAGUACUAUGGUGUUCAGCAGGGCGUGAGUUAUGACUGGGAGAAGUGCGCUGCUUGA